CAAGAAUUUAUCUUUUUCACUCUUUUACACUACUGUGGAUAUUAACAAAAUGGACAAACAAAUAGAGUUUGUAGAACGAUAUGUCUCUAACACACCGAAGCCGUCUUUCAACCACCUUGUUCGAAAGGAGCAAAAGACAAUUGAAAAAAUCUCUAUCCUAAUAGAAACUCCAACUGCGUUAUCUUUACAGAGACUUUGGGUUACAGCAUAUAACAAAUGUAUCCAAGUCAAGAGGCCAGAACAAAAACUACAAUCCAGACCUACAACUGUGAGCAUCGCAUUUAAACGAAUCUUUGAAGUCGCCAAAGCAACUAGAUUCUAUGCAUGAAUUCAAAGUCUCCAGUCUACAGAUAACAAGCACUGUUUACUAUGCCUCUCGAAAUGAUUUCUUGGAUGAUUUGAUUCAUGAUGUUAGCAAAGAGGAAGACGAAGAAGAGAACGAAGUGCAACAAGAGGAAGCACAACAAGAAGAAAACGAAGUGCAACAAGAUGAAACACAACAAAAAGGAAAUGAAGUGCAACAAGAGGAAGAGGAAGAGGAAGAGGAGAGUCAAAAAGGAAAUGAAAUACACAAGAAAUUGCUCAAUAAAGUAGAGCAUGAUGAGUUGGAGAAGCUGGCUAAGUCUUCAUGCAUCAAUCUACUUAACGAAAAUCAUCGAUCUUAUACGUCUCUGUCUUUAUCAGAAGAAUAUUUCAAUGAUAUUAAAUCAGAAUGCUUCAGUCGACAAUCUCACUUCGACAAUUACUUAACAUCUAUCAUGUAUGAAACAAUCAAUAACUUGUUUGAUGAGCUUAAGCAAUUUCAGUUCGACUCUGAUGCCGCAGAUAUAAUUGCAUAUUUAGAUAGCGAGAAGAAUAAGGAGACAAACAAAGAAAACGAAAAGUAUAUCUUGCUUUCUAUUGUUAGUUCAAUCAUCAACAAUUUCAAUUUAUGGAAGAAAGAGGAAAAGCUUUCCGAAAAUACAUAUUUACGCAAAUUUGCAGAAAUUAUUGACAUCUUAUUUAAGAAAACAAACCUUUUUAUCAAAGAUGGAGAAAACGUCUGCGAAGCAUCAAAGCGAAUGCAAAUUAUGAAUGAUGGCGAUGUCACAUAUGGCAGACGAUUGGACAUGAUUGUAGCCAGUGAGCAAGAUGACAGAGAUAUCGAGCUUUGUUCUUUAGAAUUUAAAAAAGGCGAUGCACCUUAUGCAACAUUAUUGUAUCAGCAAAGCAAAAAUCUCAGAAUUAAUGCUUGCAUUCUGAAUGAAAUCCACCUUUUGACAUUUGACGAAAGUAUUUCUAUUGCUUAUCUGGACUUUGCAGGACGAAAUGCGUAUAUUUCUCAGAUCUUCAGAAUGGAUGAUAAAUAUAUUGCUCACGAAGUUGGUAAAGUGGCUUUCAUCAAGAAUUUGCUGGAACUAGACACACUUCGUAAAACAAUGUUCAAUCUGUUUAGAUGGAAAAGAAGUCUGGUCAGUAAUAGCAACAUAGUUUCAUUAGCCAACCUCAAUCAAUGCAACAAAUUUGCUCUUGCCGAUAUCAGUAAUGCUUUCAUUCAAAGCUCAAGGUUUUCUACUACUCAUAAUGUCAAGCCAGCACAGAUAUUUAUGUCUCCCAGCAACACUGGAAAAAGGACUCGAGGUGUAUUUGAGCAGGAUAAUUAAACAUUUCUCAGCUAAUAAAAACAUAUAUCGAUCAUUACACAAUGAC